AUGUAUAUAUUUCAAGGGCUGCUUGUUUCUUUCGUUUCAUUCCUUGUGUUAAAGCUACGCUUCUACUUUCCACGUUUCUCCGCACUUGAGGCAGCGCACGAUGACGGCCAUGUUAUCAUGGGCCUGCACCGAGUAUUCGUUGGCGACCGCCUCACGAGCGCCGCAGCUGGGACACGCGUGCAGUGUCGUGACGUUCCCGAAGGUGCUGCCGUCCGCCAGAGGCGACUCCGGCUCCGUGACGGACAGACUCAGGCGGCGGUCGCGGCCGCUGCCUGCUCCGUCCACGCUGGCACGGCGCUGCAGACGCAGCAGCAACUUGCGUGGGUCGGUGGCGUUGGCCAC